AUGAUAGUCUGUGGAUGGGCUCCGCUGGGACUGAGCUCCGAGCGGGAUGAAGGGCUUGACUCCGGCGGAGACCCUCCGGCGGGGGGUGAGGGUUACGCCGGAGAUGCACUGGCGCAGCUCCGAGACUUCGAGAAUCAUGCGCUCCACAUACUCGGAACGUCUGCUAUGUGGGGUCCCGAUACCUCAGGUUUCGCCAUGUAUGACUCUCUGGAGAAGUUCCUUCCCAAGGAUGACCGCUAUGCGGCAAUGUUGCUCUAUGGCAUGGUGUUUUCUACCUGUUUCAAUGGAUACGAUGCUGGCAUCAUGACGGUCAUUCUAGCGGACAAACAAUUCAUCGCAUACUAUGGAAUUACUGCUAACAGGUCCGGCCUGGUUGCGACGAUCCCCUGGGCUAUGACUGGACUGGCCCAGCUUUGGCUGGGAGGCUCUCUAGCUGGAUGGCUAGGUCGCCUCUGGGCGUUACGUCUCUCGAUCUGUAUUAUGAUCAUUGGAGUUGUGGUUGAGGUUGUUCCAAAUAACUUUGGUGUCUUGAUUCUAGGUCGGCUCUUGACUGGCCUAGGCUUUGGCUGUGUCUAUAUCGCCACGAAUCUAUACGUCGCCGAAUGCGCCCCCACAAAGCUGAGAGGCAGUUUCGUAGGCACGGUAUCCCAAUUUGGUUAUCAACUGGGUACUUUGAUUGCUUUUUGGGCUGGCUAUGGGAUGUCUUUCCACAAGUCUCCCUACAACAUCGCAUGGAGAGUCUCAAAUGUUGUUCAGAUUCCGAUCGGCCUGGCCUUUAUUGCUGUCUCAUUUUGGUAUCCCGAAAGCCCCCGCUUCUUGCUGGAAAAGUACCCAGAGACACCUGAACGAUCUCUACAGAUGUUGAGCCGACUUAGGUCUGGGGUACCGACUGAUGAACGGAUUCGUACCGAGUUCCACGAAUUAGUGGCAUCGUACGAGUUCCGUCGACGGUACAAUCCCGGCUAUAUUGGACUUUUCAAGGAUAAAAGUAUGCGUAAGCGCCUUGCAUAUGGAUUCUAUGCAGCAGGUCUUCAGCAGGUAGGUCAUAACCAGACAUCUAAUGUGCAUCUUCUGGAGAUUCUGACAGAAUUCAAGUGCGGUGGUAUUGCCGCGCUUACGAUGUACGCCACUCUCAUUUAUCAGAGUCUCGGAUGGGACGCUGGCUCACAAGCUUUGUCAAUCAACGGCAUUCAAUCUGUCCUGCAAUUGUUGAUUGUCUUGGUCAACACUUUCACUGUGGAAAAAUUUGGUCGGCGAGGCCUAUUGAUGGCUGGAUUCGCUAUUCAGUCACUGGCGCUAUUGAUCAUGUCUUGUCUCACCACGGCCUUCCCUUCCAAUGGAAACAAAGCUGCCGCUGUAGUCGAAGUUGCCAUGCUCUUCGUUGUGGGGUUGACCUAUUGCUGGUCUAAUGGCCCCAUCGCGGCCGCGGUAGUAUCCGAAAUAUUUCCGCAGCAUGUUCGAGACAAGGGCUUUGGUCUUUCGAUGCUUGGCCAAACUUGCUGGCUCAUCCUGCUCACCCAAUCUUGGCCCUCGUUCAACGACAAAGUUGGAGGCCACAGCUAUUGGCUAUUGUUUGGGCUGAAUGUAAUGGCUGGGAUCUCAGUUUACCUCAUUCUCCCUGAAACAAAGGGUAUCUCACUGGAGCGAAUGGAAAAGAUAUUCGGUGGCUUGGAUCAUGUCGAGGCGGGCGAGUGUGAAGGUGGCUCCGAGAAACUAGAGGCAAUGGCCAAUGUCGAAAAGGGACAAAAGACCCCAAUAGCCCAUGUGGAAGACUUACCCAGGCAGGGCUCGUCGGUUCCACAAACAUCGAUAGUCUGA